CACGUGGACAUAGCGCCAGUGUAUAGUUUGUAAAGAGCACGAUAGUUUCAUUUAAAAUUCUCAAGAGAAUUCGAAAAUCUUUUACAACAUUGUUUAAUCUAGUCAAGAGGGUGGUUGAUUAAACUAUUCUGAGGUUACUUAUUGCUGGCUGUAACAUCAGCAGACGUGUGUCAUAGACUCGAGAUCUCUAUUCUACGCACCUUUCUCGGAGCAUCAGUGUCUCAUUUAAUGGCGAGCACAAACUGACAACGACCUUCUUUAUUCUUGGAUUUCAUCCUCUGGAUUCUUUUUAAAAGAGGGCAGCAUGACCACAAAGGAGAAGAAGUUAUGUGUAUACUCAGGGUCAUACAUACACUUUGGUAUUAAUGGUGACCUCUACAGCUAUUGGGGGAACUCUACAAUAUGGAUACAACCUGGCCAUUAUGAAUGCACCAACUGUGUUCAUUCAAAACUUUGUCAAUGAGACAUUUUUGGAGCGAUGGGGAAUACAGUUGGGGGUUUACGACAUCACACUGAUAUGGACCUUUAUUGUUUCCAUUUUCUCACUGGGCGGCUUUAUUGGGGCCCUGAUAGCAGGGCCAAUGUCUGUACGUUUCGGGAGGAAGAAGACUAUGUUGCUGAACAAUGUCUUUCUCUUCUCAAGUUCAUUGCUUGCGUUGUUAAGCCGAACAGCAAAGUCAUUUGAGAUGAUUAUCAUCUCCAGAUUUUUGGUUGGCAUAAAUGCAGGCAUCAGUAUGAAUGUACAGCCCAUGUAUUUUGGUGAGAGUGCACCAAAGCACUUACGAGGGGCUGUGUCCCUGUCCUCAGCAGUCUUCACUUCUUUUGGUCUGGUGUUGGGACAGGUGGUCAGUCUGAAAGAGCUGUUAGGUUGUGAGCCGUGUUGGCAGUACUUAUUGGCUAGUAAUGCUAUCCCAGGCUUCAUCCAGCUCCUCACCUUGCCAUGGUUCCCAGAAAGUCCCCGCUACCUCCUCAUUGACUGUGGAGACAAAGAGGCCUGCCUAAUGGCACUGCAGCGUCUGCGAGGCUGUGAGGUGCAGAGAGAAGAGCUGGAUGAGAUUCUGCAGGAACAGAAUGAGACGAAGGGAGAACGUGCCAAACAGCCGUGGGAGCUCUUCACUGACCGCAGCGUCCGCUGGCAGCUCAUCACUGUGGCGGUCCUAAGCAGUGCCAUGCAACUGUGUGGUAAUGACUCGAUUUACUUCUAUGCAUCAUAUGUGUUCCAAGAAGCGGGUAUAUCUGCAGGACAGAUCCAAUAUGUGACCAUUGGCACCGGGAUGUGUGAAUUCACUGCUUGCAUUCUAUGUAACCUGUUGAUUGAAAGGUUGGGUAGGAGGCUGAUGUUGAUGGGCGGCUAUGUUCUCAUGACUGGAUGGGCAAUAGUCUUCACUGUGGCUCUUUCCCUUGAGAAUAUGGUUACCUGGAUGCCGUACCUGAGCAUGACCUGCAUCUUCACCUACAUUCUCAGCUUUGGCAUGGGACCAGCUGGGGUGACUGGAAUCCUACCAACAGAGAUGUUUAACCAAACAUCACGUCCUGCCGCCUACAUGACCGCUGGCUCUCUAAUGUGGCUUAACCUCUUCAUAAUCGGGAUGAUCUUCCCUUUCCUUGUGAGCGGUUUAGGACAGUAUUGCUUUGUUCCAUUUGGGGCUGUGUGCCUCUUGACUGCUUUAUAUAUUCAGAUGGUUCUACCUGAAACCAAGGGAAAGACCAUAUCGAUGAUCACUAAAGAGUUUCACAGGCUCAACUACCGUGGACAGGUGAAGAUGAAUAUAGAAGGAAAACAAGCUCAGUACCAACUUGGGGAAAUCUUUCACUCCACUGCCUUAUAGAGUGGUAAAAUUUCUUACAAACUAAAUUAAUAUUUUUAGAAGAAUAUUUGUAAAAGUAUGCCUUAACUGGAGUAAGUUUACAUCUUUGUACAUGCAUUACUUGCUGAUUAAAUAUUGUAUUCCUCAUCACU